AGAAGCAGUAUCGCCCGUUAGUGUUGCUCCCAAUUUGAUACAUUGGGAAAAGAGGACAGCCAUGGAUAUAUUUUCUUCAAGCUGGUUGAGAAAAGUGUGGAAAGAAUACGAUGUGCGAUUUACUGUUAUGCUUAGCCUUGUUCUCCAAGUAGUAUUGAUCUUUUUGGGUAAUCGCAGGAAGUACGAUUACAAAGUUUGGAUAAAAUUUUUUGUGUGGUGUGCCUAUCUAGCUGCAGACUCCGUGGCAACUGUUGCCCUUGGUGUACUCUCAAAUAACCUUGGAGAUUUGUCGAGUGGAGCAGCUGAAGUUUCGGAUGCCACCAUUCAACUAACUGCAUUCUGGGCACCAUUUCUCCUUCUACACUUGGGUGGCCCCGACGCCGUUACUGCUUACUCCUUAGAAGACAAUGAGUUGUGGUUGAGGCACCUUCUUCAAGGCUGAUCAAGUAUGGAGAUAGGACAUGGGCACUCAGGUCGGCAAGCAGCGAAAAACUCAGAGAGUCCUCGCUAAAGCACCAAACUGUCCGCAGAGACUUUCAUCAGCUUUACAGGGAUUUCAAAAUCAAGGUCAGUGAGGGAUACAUAGUGGAGAAAGAAACGUGUGUAGAAAUGGUUAAUCGGCGAGUUCAGCCUGAAGUUGAAAACCAACCAUACUCCUUAGUUCAAGCCUAUGGGAUAGACCUAACCAAACGUCUUUUCUUAGAUUCUACAUUAACUGUUAGAGAAAGAAAAGAAACCCAGUCCAUUUUCAAACAAUCUUCUUUCAAAAGUGCUUUUCAAGUAGUUGAAAUAGAGCUUUCAUUGAUCUAUGAUUUGAUGUACACCAAGGCACCUCUUCUCUAUACUCCUUUGGGUCUAUGCCUGCGUCUCCUCACUUUCUUUCUUACCUCUAUAACGUUGCUUCUAUUCACUUUCCUUGUCGAGAAGCACAGCUUCACUAAAGCUGAUCUCCUCAUAACAUUCUUCUUGCUAGUUGGUGGUAUUUCUCUCGAGAUUUAUGCAGCACUGAUGUUAGUCUUCUCUGACCGUUUUUUUCUUUGGUUAAAUAUGCAAAAAAAAACUUCGACCAUCUUU